AUGAGCUCGGUCAGUAUCCAAGACCUCGAUGCCUCGCCUGACGAGGCCCAGGGCUGUAUAAUUCUAUGGAAGGCUAUACUCCUGACCUAUGGGGUUUUUGGCUCUAUUUUCCUCAUCACAGUGUUCGUUCUCAUCAUCAUAAUAGAGACAUGGCGGUACUGGCGUCUCCGAGCGCAGGCGAAGGGACACAUCGGGACAAUGCGAUCUGACCUCGAAGCGCUGAGGAAGAAGAUGAGGGUGAAGAUCAAGCCGAGACGGGGUCGGAAACCUAGUAAAGCGGAGCAGUAG